CGACGCUGUGACGUAGCGUGCCGUCUCGGAACUCGGCAACAUGGCGGCCCGCAGGCAGAAGCUUCUGUACGCACUGUGUUGAGCUCUGACCGACCCGAUACACCAUGAAACAAGGAGAGACGUUCAGGUAACAUUGGAGCUGAGAUGUUUCGUAUCCGGAGGAGCGCCGUGCGGCUGUGCCAGCGGGGCGAGGCGCUGUGUCCGCGGGGGGAUGCGGGGUCGCUGUCACGGGGUCAGGGGGGGUCAGCGCGUCAGGCAAACAGGUGUCGCCCUGAGACGUCAUCCUGGCGGACCCCGCAGACACCGGUCAACCAAGGCACAAGACCGAAGCAGUUCAGAGGCCAUCUACAGAUAUCUGCCUGCACGGAAACAAAUCUAAACGCGCACUAUUGCCGGACUAGUCCGUGGCUGAGGCCGAAUGGGAACCCUCAGGUGAACCCGGCCCUCCUCCGGGGAGGUCCCGGCUGGCCUUUGGCCCAUGUCCAGCCCCUCCUCCGGGGGGUUCCUGGCUGGCCUGGGGUCCCGCCCCUCCUCCGGUCCCCCGGGGCUCGUGGGCUGUGCAGCGGGAAAUCCCGGCCAACUCAGGACACUGACCCGUCACCGGAGCAAAAUGAAAGUCAAGGAAGCUCUGUCCAUGUCCCGGGACACGGGCUGUUUAAGUUCAAAGAGCUGCACGAGAACCCAUGGACCGUCCCAAACCUGCUGUGUGUUUGUCGGAUCGUGCUGUCGCCCUACCUGGGCUACCUCAUCAUCCACCAACACUUUUACCUCAGCCUGGCUCUGUUCACUAUGGCUGGGGCCACAGACAUGUUAGACGGCUACAUUGCAAGAACAUGGCCCAAUCAGAAAUCAGCGUUGGGCAGUGCACUUGACCCAUUGGCUGAUAAGAUCCUGAUCAGUGUUCUGUACGUCAGCCUCACCUAUGCUCAGCUCAUACCAGCUCCUCUCACGGCUCUGGUGAUCUUCAGAGACAUCGGUCUGAUAGCCGCAGUCUUCUGGGUCAGAUACAAGACUGUGCCCCCACCGGUGACCCUCAGUAAAUUUUUUAAUCCAUGUUACACUACAGCCCAGCUCAAACCCACGUUAUUCAGCAAGGUGAACACAGCCAUCCAGCUCCUUCUAGUAGCUGCUUCCCUCGCUGCUCCAGUCUUCAAAUACACGGACAGUCUUCUGCUGCAGUCGCUAUGGUAUGUAACGGCGGUGACGACGGCCGCCUCCGGCUACAGCUACUGGCACUACGGCCGCAAGACGGUCCAGGUACUCAACACCAAAUCACCAUGACAAGCCCCGAGCAGAAACACACCUGGCGGUGGCGCGGACAAUGACCGCUGAUUAACGAGGAAACGGCCCAGGCGAGACGCGGCCGACCAGGAGGAUAAGGGCCGGUUUUACAUGACGGACACGCUGGCAUACGGUGCUCUGAUGCAGGUUGCUAUGACGACCACUUAUCAACGAGAUGACAUUGAUGGAGCAGCCUUGGUUUUACGCUAGCGGCGUCUUGGUCUGGAACAAUGGAACACAUAACCUGAGAUGUUCUCACUAGUCUGGCCAGUCCCCGAUUCUGUACUCUCAUUUAAAUAAUUUCUAGAUGUUCCCAUGGCAACCAUAUUUUGUCAAAUCAGUUUUGUAAGUCAAUGAUUUAUGAUUAAAAACAAAGGAAAGAAUAGAUA